AUGUACGUCCUUGACAGUGUGAAUCUCUUCUGCGAGGAGGACUUCCCUCCGCUGGUAAUUCCAGACGACUUCGAGGAUGUGGAUGUACCCGUGGUUGCUUUGCCUCCAUGGACGCCUGCUGUUGUGAGUGCGGUUGAUGGGGAGCAUGCGCCGGUAGCUGUGCCGUCGUUGUCUGUUGAUUCUGCGGCCGCCGUUUGUGUUGCGGACAUGGAUGGGCUGCGGCGGGUCGACCUUUGCCCUUCUGCGGCUGUUGUGGAAGCUUCUCCUGCGGCUCCAGUAUCUGCUAGCAAACAGCCUGUGCCUGCCGUAUCAGUAGGGUAUUCCAGUCGGUCUACUAAGCGAGGUUACGACCGUCUGACAGCCAGCGAAGAGGACGCCAACGGCAACACCAGCCGCACGGUAUGCCGAGGCCCUCCCAAGGGCACUCCCAUCACCACGCCCACGCCCGCCUCCACGCCCGCCACUAUGUCCGCUAACACGGACCUGGAAAUGGCAUCAACAGGAUCAGCGUCGAUCGUCGAGUCGUCGUCUGACUUCGACCACUGUAUGAGCCAGUCAGACUCUGACACGUCUUCUGACGACGACGACGACGACGACGACGAUGACGACGACGAUGGUAUGAAAUGCAUUCACCGAAAUAUGAUAAAGUUAGACAUUUAAUUCAUUAUUGUGUACUUUGGAGUGUGUGUACAAUAUUGUAUACGAUAGAGCAUAUAUACAAUAUUGAGCAAGGUGGAGCGAGUGUACAAUAUUGUGUAUGAUGGAGGGAAGUGUACAAUAUUGUAUACGAUUGAGCGAGUGCACAAUACUGAGAACGGUGCAGCAAUUGUAUAAUAUUGAGUACGGUGGAGCGAGUGUAAAAUUUUGAGUAUUGUGGAGCGAGUGUAGAAUAUUGUGUCGGUUGAGUGAGUUUACAAUAUUGUAUACGGUGGACCGAGUGUA